CAGUAGAGAAUAGGCAGUUUGUGUUUGUACGCGACGACAGCGACUUUUCUCUCUUAAGCUGAACAAUAAUAAAGAUUAAGUUUUCGUUUUCAUUGAGCCGCAUAUUUAUUAAAACAGCAACAACAUGGCGAAAAUGGCAUUUCAGCAUCAGGCCGGAACGGCUAUGGAAUGUUUAAGCAUACCCAUAACGCUGCAUAAGGAGAAGGAUUACGACCAGGAAGGCAGAGAGAUACUGAAGUGCGGCUUUAAAAUUGGUGGCGGUAUAGAUCAAGACUACAAGAAGAGUCCGCAAGGCUACACAGACUAUGGCAUCUACGUGACGGAGGUGCACGAAGGUAGCCCAGCUGCAAGGGCCGGUCUACGCAUACAUGACAAAAUACUGCAAUGCAAUGGCUACGAUUUUACAAUGGUUACCCAUAAAAAGGCAGUUAGCUAUAUAAGGAAGAAUCCCAUACUUAAUAUGCUGGUGGCACGGAAGGGCGUCACAUCCACAUAAUUUAAUGGGCUGGUAUCCAAACUUCAGAAUUCUACUAUCUAGUACUUCACUGCCUCUCACUGAUACGGAUCUCUAGCGAGCGCUCUCUUGAAAACUACUAAAAUACUUACAUAUAUUUAAGCAUGUAUACUUAUUUAACUUUAACAUUAUGCAUAUCGCGCGCACCUAUAUAUAUAUAGCCAUAUAUACAUAACAAAACGUUUAGAUGCAUAUGUGAAUGUAGCACGUAGAAAAGCUUUUUGUUAAAUUGAUUUUCUUUGACUCGGUUUAAGUUAAUAGAUAAAAAAUCACCAUAUUAGGUUGUUAUACGAUUGCCAAGAAACCGUGUAAAGAAAUUGCCAAAACAGAAAUGCCACAUGCUACAAACAA